GAUGAGCCUAAGUUGGACCCAAUGUGAAUUUGAAUCAAAAUCACAAAGAUAGAAUGAACAAAAAACAUGAAGGGAUAGAGAUGGACCUGGCUUUUGGAUCAGCCAAGCCUUAUGGGUCAUCCAGAAGCAUCGUCAGGAGAAUUGCCUCAAACCUUCCUCUUGCGCCUUGUCCCCGUGUCCACUUCCAGCUCCAUCCUUUCACGGCGGGAGCAGGGAUCCUCAACACUUCAGCUGGACAGAGCGGACUUGUGGCUACAUUAGCUGAUGUAGCCUGGAUAGACAGAGAGGAGAGCGGCAUUGCUGGAUGGCCAAAGUCAGAGGAUCAGUCCGGCUUGGUAUUCCGCACGCAGCGACAUGUACCCCUCAGGAGGCGGCGUUCCUUACCCAGCCUGCACCAGGCCGACCUGGCUCCGCAGAGCCAGGCACAAGUCAACAACGAAGCCAUUGAGAAGAUCAGCGCUCUGGAGAGCGAGUUGGCCAAGCUGAGGGCCCAGAUAGCACAGAUUGUACAGGCCCAGGAGAACAAUGCACAGGCCGCAGCUGCCCCUCCCCCGGCACCACCUGCGGCUCCGGGCUCACUUGGGCCCCCACCCCCGCCUCCACCUCCUCCCCCUCCCCCACCCCCUCCGCCGUGCCCGUUGCAGAGGAGCAACUCUGCCAUCGACCUCAUCAAAGAGCGCCGCGGUAAGAAGGGAAACCAGGAGACAGCCCCGGAGUCCGGACCGAAACAACCGGAGAUUCCCAACAUGUUAGACGUCCUGAAAGACAUGGGCAAAGUGAAGCUCCGCUCAGUCAAAAGUCGGCCUGAAGAGGGCGCACAGAAGCCCAAACCCGCUGACCCCACAGAUGCUGCCGCUCUCAUCGCCGAGGCGCUGAAGCGUAAGUUCGCUCAUCGGUACCGCAGCGACAGCGAGUGUGAGCGCAACUUCGAAUUUACCGCUACCGAGACGAAACCUCAGUCUGAACCACCACUGUUUGGACAGCACAUGUUGAAACGAACGGGAAUGAGGAAGCUCCAUUAAGGGCGGACGGACUGCUGUACUGGAGCUGUGCCUCACACGCCUCACUUCACUCAGCCGUAGCCCACACAGGAGGGACAAGCACAUAGUUACCAAAAACACUAUAAAGUGGUCAGUCUGGUUCUCCCAUUGGGACAUCAACAGUGUUGCAUAUCUUUAGUAUCAGUACACAGCGCACUUUAAAGAGUGUUCUCAUUGUAGUACGUACCACUCAGACUAGUAAACACAAGUCCCUUUUUUGUGUGUCUUUAUCAACGCCGUGUUCUUCUGUAGUCUUAAGCCUAAGUUAAAUCAUUUCAGACAUUCGUUUUUAUAUUGUUUGUUUUGAAUUUGUUGAGGACUUAUUGAUGUUUCCAGAAGGCAUUGUGAAUCUUCAGCUCUGUUUUUAACACUACAGGACAUGUAAGCUUUGGAGAAGUUAGUAAAGGGCUGCUGAAACGAACAUGAAAGCAAGUACCAAAGUACAUAUAAAGUUCAUACCCCUAUACAAAGUGUUCAUCUCUGUAGACUUGAACUGUCUGUAGUCUCAGUAUGUGUGGUCUAUUUUAAUUGCUUAGUGAAAAAAGAUAAUUUGUUUGACAAGAGAUGGUGCACUUUCAAUAGUCUUGUUCUAAUAAAAUGUUCUGGGAUAACUGUAAACCUAUAACAACUGUAAUCUUAAUUUAUAAUUUUAAGACACUUAUUUAUGUUUUGGUUAUAGUUAAUAAUUUAGUCUGCGUAAGCAAAAUAACUGUCUUUCAAAUUAUGCAGAUGGUGUUUACCUGCCUUGGACAGUACAUUUUAAAGUACGCUGCCAGUCAAAAGAUUCGAUAGGUCCACUGUCUCUGUACCAAAUUUCAUAUCCGACAGUACCUCAGUGUAAUAGGCACAGGCAGAUGAGCUGUUAUUGUCUUAAGUCUACACCAGCACUGAGUUUCAGUGCAAUCAAAGUGGGUUGACCAAAACCUUGUAUGACCUUGUGAUUUCAUUUGCUUAUAUUCUGCUUGUUGUCUGGAUUUAAUCUGCAGUUAUAAGCAUUGUUACACAUGACCAAGUAAUAUAUGGUUACACUAUUCUUUUUUUUUAAGUUAUUCAUACUCUUAACAUUUAACAGAUUGGAAAUGUAAUGUAAUGUUUCUGUUUUAUGGCAAGAGUUUCAUCCUUGAGUAUUCAAAACAUUUAUAAGUAAUGUUGACGUUGUGAUGUUAAAUGCAGUUGAUUGUCCUGUCAGAGUUGGCCAGUUUGUAUGCAAAAGUACGAACACAUUUGUAAAUGAACGUUAUUUUCAGUUUUGCAUUGCGAACAUUAGGGGAAAAUGGAAUGUAACCAUAUUUGCAUUUGAAGAUAACAGUAUUGCACGGUUUUGUUCUCUGACUUCCCCCUGUAAUGCAGAAAAAAAACACGUAAAAACACUUAAAACCUGUCAUGCAUAAGCAGACAGAGAAUGGGAUUAUUAAGGGAUUUUUUUUUUUACACCAUAUCAGAGCUGAACAGUUUUGUGUCCAUUCAUGCCAAAUUCAAGUCUGCACUCACUGCCGGGACAUGUACAUAACCCAGAGUGGAA